GCAUAAAAUAAACCGUGGAUGACAACCUAUGUACGCAUCCUUUAUCGUACGCCGAUCAGCGCGCAUAUUAGCCAAAUACACAGUUGAGGAAGCGCAUAUUAACCGCACCAUCUUCCUCUUAUGAAAAAAACUUCUCGCGCUUUCAGAAGGGUAAGGCGCGAAUAAGGAAACUUGUGGAGAGGAUAUAUAACUCAAAUUCAUGCGAAGAUUCUCCGUCUGUUCACCUUCGAGUUACCGUCUCAAUCGUCCCAUCUCAACAAUGGCUACCGGAUCCGGUUCACUUGUUUGGUUCCGGAAAGGGCUUCGGAUUCACGACAACCCGGCUCUUGAGUACGCCUCGAAAGGUUCCCAAUUUUUGUACCCGGUUUUUGUUAUCGACCCGCAUUACAUGGAGUCAGACCCAUCUGCGUUCUCUCCCGGUUCGUCUCGCGCCGGGGUUAACCGGAUCCGGUUCUUGCUGGAGAGCCUUAAGGAUCUCGAUUCUAGCCUGAAGAAACUCGGUUCGCGGUUGCUGGUACUUAAGGGUGAGCCUGGUGAAGUACUGGUUCGUUGCUUGCAAGAGUGGAAGGUGAAGAGGCUUUGCUUUGAAUAUGACACAGAUCCAUAUUAUCAAGCGUUAGAUGUUAGAGUUAAGGAUUAUGCUUCUUCAACUGGAGUGGAGGUUUUCUCUCCAGUGAGCCAUACUCUGUUCAAUCCCUCUGACAUUAUAGAGAAAAACGGUGGGAAGACACCUUUGAGUUAUCAGUCGUUUCUGAAGAUUGCUGGGGAGCCAUCAUGUGCUAAAUCUGAACUUGUGAUGUCUUAUUCUUCACUUCCUCCUAUUGGAGCUGUUGGAAGCCUUGGCAUUUCUGAAGUACCAAUUCUUGAGGAACUUGGCUAUACAGACGACGAACAAGCUGAAUGGACUCCCUUUAGAGGUGGUGAAUCAGAAGCCUUGAAACGAUUGACCAAGUCAGUCAGUGAUAAGGCAUGGGUGGCAAACUUUGAGAAACCAAAAGGUGAUCCAUCUGCUUUCUUGAAGCCUGCAACUACGGUUUUGUCACCUUAUUUGAAAUUUGGAUGCCUGUCCUCGAGGUACUUUUAUCAGUGCCUUCAAAAUCUCUAUAAGGAUGUGAAAAAGCAUACAUCGCCACCAGUUUCUCUCCUCGGGCAGUUGUUGUGGCGAGAAUUUUUCUAUACCACUGCAUUUGGAACCCCUAACUUUGACAAAAUGAAGGGAAACCCGAUCUGCAAACAGAUUCCAUGGAACGAGGAUCAUGCUAUGCUGGCUGCUUGGAGGGACGGUAAGACAGGAUACCCUUGGAUUGAUGCCAUCAUGAUUCAGCUUCUGAAAUGGGGUUGGAUGCACCAUCUAGCGCGUCAUUGUGUAGCCUGUUUUCUAACUCGUGGGGAUCUGUUCAUACAUUGGGAACAAGGGCGUGAUGUGUUUGAGAGACUUUUGAUCGAUUCAGACUGGGCAAUCAAUAAUGGGAAUUGGAUGUGGUUAUCAUGUUCGUCCUUCUUUUACCAGUACAACCGCAUCUACUCUCCUAUAUCUUUUGGAAAGAAGUAUGAUCCUGAUGGGAAGUACAUUAGGCAUUUUCUCCCGGUACUGAAAGAUAUGCCAAAGCAGUAUAUUUACGAGCCAUGGACAGCGCCAUUGAGUGUUCAAACUAAAGCAAACUGCAUAGUCGGGAAGGACUACCCAAAGCCAAUGGUUUUGCAUGAUUCAGCAAGCAAGGAGUGUAAGAGGAAGAUGGGUGAAACAUAUGCAUUGAACAAGAAAAUGGGAGGUAAGGUAGAUGAUGAAGAUCUGAGGGGUUUAAGGAGAAAGCUUCAGGAAGAUGGACAUGAAGAGUCAACUAAGAUCAGGAACCAACGAAGAAAACUCAACUAAGUAGGAUUACAAAAGUCUCUCUGAGAUUAUGAUGAAGUGAGUAUUAUUACAAACCCAAUUGUAAUAGCUAAUAGGGCUCAAUCUUUGUAACCAUUAUUCCACUGAAACUUCUAAAGUAACAUAUUUGUUACAUCAAUGGCAAUAUAACUUAUUGUAGCCAUUUCUAUUGAGGUUAACAACAUAAUGAUAUGAAUUUUUGGACACA